AUGGCGACUAUUUACCACGAGGGCUUCAAAGUGCGGUAUGUGACUCGCGGCAUCGGUUCAUGGGUGCUUUAUUUCUUAAGCCUUGCCGCUCUGUUUAUUCUACCUUUUGUUAUCGCUACUUCUAUGGGGGGCAUUUGGCUAACCAACAGCCACUUUACGCAGCAUCCCAGGUUGAAGUUCAGCGGCAGGUGUCUCCUUCGUUAUACGACUGUGCGCGGGAAGGAGAAGUUGUGGACGUGUUCUGACGCCUUCAACGAAAAGUUGUUAUAUGGCCAUGCGGAGUUGGACACGUUGCCAUUCUUCACCAUCUACGAGGAGGAUCGGGACAGUGAUGGCAGUGUAGAUUGUGUAACCAUAGUUCUUGGCCUUCCUGUGAAUAGUCUAGGAAGCAGAGUGGAAAAUAGCUUUCCACCACCCGAUGAGAUGGACGCGAUCGAACGCGUGGAGUUUAUUCCUGAAUUCAUCUACGAAAUCAUACAUCCAUCUAUUCAUUUGAAUAUGACAGCUGCCCCCCUUAUUGUUUUCCAACGUCCCGGGGGAGGGCACGCAUCGGCAUCCGGGACGGGAGGGGCGCAUACGGGUGGUCCUGUGUGUGCGUCCACAUCGGGGGAUAUUUUAUUUCACACAACAGAACCUCUGUAUUCGUGGUCCAACGUGCAUUAUGCUCACACAUACGCGGACAGUCCCCUCGACGCCGUGGAGAGCAUAGAUGAUGUACUUAAUGUACCCCGUUUCGCUCAGAAAUACGCAUCCCGGAAUCAAUCCCUUUUGUUCAGACGUUACGCAGAAUCCGCCGGUGGUGCCUCACUACUGCCUGACAUAACAUACGAUCGAGUAUUAGGCGAAGAUAUGGAUACUGUGGGCGAUUUCACAUGGAAGCUCACGCUACGUGUUCAGGAUGCCAACGUGCCGUACGUGUCAUCUAUACCGGAAUUAAUAAAGUGGGCGUGGAUUCAAUAUUUUACCAUUGCUUACGUUAUACAAUGGGUGCUAUGGAAAUUACGUGGCAUGCUGUUGAAAUCAGGAAUGAUUGGUUCAACUGCAAUAUUUCACCGUGGUUAUGCACCGCGCUAG